AUGACUUUUGACGCGCACCUCCGUAUUUAUUGGCAAUUUACCCCGGCUUGUGAAAUGAACGACAUUUGCAAUACCCAGGCCAGGGUAAUCGCCACACGGCUACCAGAAGAUAGCAUCCUCCGCCGACCCGAACUCGGAUCCUCGGCACAAAGGAGAUGUUUCCAAAUGUGGGGACACUCUAGCAACAAGAGCCGGCGUGCAAGCGUGGCAUUUUGUCUUCGAACCACUGCUCACAACAACAGCAACAGUAACGCAAUCUUUAGGGAGAUUCACAGCAGCGCUCAGGUUGAGAAGUUGAGGCUCGGUAUUCCUGGGGCGACUGUUGACUGUGAAGAUGCAUGA